GUCCAAUCGCGAAGAAAGCACCGUUUCCACCGCCUUCGAAAGAGACUGCAAAAGCGAAAUCCCACGCUGCUCCAAAGCACCCGUCCGAGUUGGUGAUGACCAAGACGGAACCCGAAGCCGACUUGGAGGAGGAGGAGGCGCAGGCGGAAGAAG